AAGUUUACUAAAGUGAUUGUUGUACAUUACAGAAAAAAAAAUCGUAGCUCGUCAAAAUGAGCAACAUUUACAUCCAGGAACCUCCAACAAAUGGAAAGGUCCUAUUGAAGACCACAGCCGGGGAGAUUGAUAUCGAGCUGUGGUCCAAAGAGGCUCCUAAAGCAUGCAGGAACUUUGUGCAGCUGUGCAUGGAAGGUUACUACGAUGGGACCAUUUUCCACAGAGUGGUUAGGGAUUUCAUUAUUCAGGGAGGGGAUCCUACAGGAACUGGAAUGGGAGGAGAGUCCAUCUAUGGCCACCCGUUUAAGGAUGAGUUCCACUCCAGGCUGCGCUUCAUUCGGAGAGGUUUGGUCGCCAUGGCGAACGCUGGGCAGCAUGACAACGGGAGCCAGUUUUUCUUCACUUUGGGGCGUGCAGAUGAGCUCAACAACAAGCAUACGAUAUUUGGAAAGGUCACUGGAGACACCAUUUACAAUCUGCUCCGGUUAGCAGAAGUUGAAUGCGAUGCAAAUGAAAGGCCUCUAAAGCCGCACAAGAUAAGAACAGCUGAGGUUUUACAUUCUCCUUUCGAUGACAUCGUACCUCGGGAAACCAAAAAAUCCAAAAAGGAAAAGGAUAAAGAGGAAGCUAAGAAAUCUCAGUCCAAAGCUACAAAGAACUUCAAUCUUUUAUCGUUUGGAGAAGAAGCCGAGGAGGAUGAGGAGAUGGUGACCCAAGUUAGCCAGUCAUUAAAGGGAAAAAGCAAAAGCAGCCAUGACCUUCUGAAGGACGAUCCCAGGCUGAGCUCCGUUCCAGCUGUUGAUAAGGGAAAGAAGAAAGCGAGAUCUGGGAACGCAGCCGAUUCAGGCAGCGAGGCAGAAGGUGAUGUGGACCAGGAAGGACUCAGCGGCGAGGAAUAUGACUCGGACGAGCGAGAGAAGAUGAGAGAACUCAUCAGUAAGAAACUUAAGAAAGAGAAAGGAGGAGAGAAAGCAGACGAGCAAGGCGAGGAGGACAGAGAGAAGAAGACCAGCCGCAGUGAUGAGUUGAAAAAGGAGGUCCGACAGCUGAAGAAGGAGCUACAGGCCAUAAAGCAAAGGAGAGAGGAGCGUUCAAACCCCCCCGCAGAAGAAGUCAAGGAGGAGAAAAAGCCAACCAGCGAGGCCGUGGCAGAGUACCUGGAGGGAAGAAAGAAGUACGAAGACCUCAGGAAACAAAAAAAGAAAAAAGGUUCAAACAGAGAAGAACAGACAUUGGCGCUACUCAACAGCUUCAAGUCUAAGCUGUCAUCAGCGAUCACUGAGGGACCAGAGGAGGAUGUGGAGGAGCUGGCCGAGGAUGAUGAUAAAGGAUGGAUGGCCCACGUUCUGCAAUUUGAUGAGCAAAGCAGAAAAGUCAAGGAUGCCAACAUGCAGGAUGAAGAUACAUUCGAGAUCUAUGAUCCGCGCAACCCAGUCAACAAGCGAAGGAGAGAGGAGAGCAAGAAGAUCAUGAAGGAGAAAAAGGCCAAAAGGUGAAGUGCUGAAGGGUCAGAGGUGUGUUCCUGCCAGGGUCACUCAGCAUCCUGCCUGGCCACUUUCCCAUCGCUUCAGAAGGGCUUUGCUUAAUAAUCUCUCAUGUUGAACAUCUGGGUUGAGGAUGCCGGGCUUAGCUUAUCUGUGAUUGAACAGCUGUUCUGGUUGCUGCUCAGCUCCUCAGCAGAAGUAACACACUGCAGUCAUUAAAAGGUAGAUGAUUACUCGGUGUACCGUUCAUUUCUGACUUUAUGUUUAGGGUUAUUUACACUGUGAGAAAAAAAUCUGUAAAAGUUUCCUGAAACAAAAUAAACCACAUUCUUUUAA